AGGUCCGGACUCCUCAUGUAUUUCUCUCUUCACACAGACGCUUCGUCCACGACCCCUCCCACCAGCUGCUCACCCAGCCCCUCCCCUACCUCCCCCCUCCCCCUGCAGCCAUCCAAUCAGAGGAGGUGUUGGGAACUGCGGGAUCAAAAGCUCUCGCAUCACGAGGUCCAGCAGGUUGAGGUGGAGCUGGUCACCCCCCACCCCCAAGAACCCGCCCCCAAGACCGGCAUCAUCCGACGGUCCAUCAAAUACUCUGAGACGGAUCUGGACGCCGUGCCGCUGCGCUGCUACAGGGAAACGGACCUGGACGAGGUGAUGCGAGCGGAGGCUGAGGCCGCCGAGGAGGCCGACUCUGCUUUCAGCAGUAACCGCUGCCUUCUAGGAAAGUCCUGCUUCAGCCCUGAGGACGUCUGCCACCAGUCCAACACAGGUGGGCGGAGAGAGCAGAAUGGACAGGAAGAAGAAGAAGACGAGGAUGAAGAUGAUGAGGAGGAGGAGGAAGGAGUAGUGAGCUGGGCCAGCGUCAGGAUGCAGGGUGACCGGCAGAGACAGAGAGUGACUCAGGAAGAAGAGGAGGUGUUCAGUCUGCUGCUGAAACGGACUUUGGAGCCAUCAUCUGAUGCCCAUGGAGGCCUGAAGUCUCCGAUCUCGGUCGACAGUCCCCGCCGGCCGUCUGAAAGCAACUUGGACUCCUUCAGUCGCCACUUUGAGAGCAUCAUGGAGUCCCACCGAGCCAAAGGGACGUCCUACAGCAGUCUGGACAGUGUGGACCUGCUGACUUCUGGGUCCACCUCUGUGUUCACCUUUGACCUACCGACCCUCACCCCAGAGAUCCAGAGUCAGAUCUGUGAGAGCGCCAAACAGAUUCUGGAGCUGAGUUUUGCCCCACUGGCCCGAACAGACUCUUUGGCCUGUUCUGAGACGUCACGUUCUGAGACGGCCCUCAGCGCCUCAGGAGAUGGGCUCCAUGGAAGAUCCAAGGACGACUCGGGACCCCCGGUCCGGUCCCGGUCUCAGAAGGAGUCAUGGCGGUGCUCCAUCGUGAAAGAGGGUUUCAGAAAAGCGAGCUCAGUGCCGGCGCUGCAUAGCAGGGAGCGUCCAGGGAACCGUCCCCCCGAGCUGCUGUACCCCCAGGCCGACGUGGCGGAGCGCCUGGCGCUGGGCGGAAGCGACGAGGUCCUGACCAAUGGCUUGAAGCCGGACCUGCUGGCAGCCAAACGUCUGGCCAAGCGGCUCUACAACCUGGAUGGCUUCAGGAAGUCCGAUGUGGCGCGACACCUCAGCAAGAAUAACGACUUCAGCCAGUUGGUGGCGCAGGAAUAUCUCAGUCACUUUAACUUCAGUGGUAUGAACAUCGAGCAGGCAUUAAGGAAGUUUCUGACCCACUUCGCUCUGAUGGGAGAAACCCAGGAGAGAGAGAGAGUCCUCGCUCAUUUCUCCAGGAGGUACAGGCAGUGCAACCCUGAGAGCCCGUCCACUGAAGACAGCGUCCACACCCUGACCUGUGCCGUCAUGCUGCUGAACACAGACCUUCAUGGGAACAACGUGGGGAAGAGGAUGUCCUGCAGUCAGUUCAUCUCCAACCUGGAGGGACUCAACGACGGGAAAGACUUCCCCAAAGAUCUGCUGAAGACUCUGUACAGCUCCAUCAAGAACGAGAAGCUGCAGUGGACCAUUGAUGAAGAGGAGCUGAGGAAGUCCAUGUCUGAGCUGGCAGACGUCCGAACAGACUCCGCCUCCCACACCAUGAAGCGGAUCGGGAGUGGUGGAAACCCUCUGGUGGGCGUGGCCCAUCAGGCGGACGGAGAGCUUUAUAAGAGCGGCUUCCUGGUCCGGAAGGUCCACGCUGAUCCGGACGGAAAGAGAACUCCGAGGGGGAAGAGGAGCUGGAAGACCUUCUACGCCAUGCUGAAGGGCCUGGUUCUCUACCUGCAGAAGGACGAGUACCGGACGGAGCAGGAGCUGACGGAGGAGGACGUGAAGAACGCCGUGUCCGUCCAUCACUCUCUGGCCAUGAGGGCGGCCGACUACAGCAAGAGACCCAACGUCUUCUACCUGAGGACGGCCGACUGGAGGGUCUUCCUGUUCCAGGCCCCGAACCCUGAGCAGAUGCAGUCCUGGAUCACCAGGAUCAACGUGGUGGCGGCCAUGUUCUCCGCUCCUCCGUUUCCGGCGGCGAUCGGCUCCCAGAAACGCUUCAGCCGUCCUCUGCUGCCGGGGUCCAACACCAAACUGUCUCAGGAGGAGCAGCUCAAAUCCCACGAGAGCCGCUACAGGGCGGUGCACUCGGAGCUGACCGAGCUGCUGGCCGCCACGCCCGACAGGAAGGUCAAAGGUCGCGAACUGGAGGAGCAGAAGCUGCGUAAGGAGUACCUGGAGUUUGAGAAAACACGGUACGGGACGUACGCCAUGCUGCUGCGGGCCAAGAUGGCCAAAGGAGACGACGACCUGGCCGCAUUCGAGGCGCGGCUGUACAGCGACGGCGGCCUUCAGAGGGCGCACUCCAGCCCCACGCUGCCUCAGGACGCCGCCAGCAAGGAGAAGGCCCGCAGCGGCAAGACCUCCAAGAGCCUCAAGGUCACAUCCUCCUCUUCAUCUGUGAUGAAGAGCGGCGUCAAGGAGGGAGGGGGGGGUAAGAGCGCAGGCGGGAACAGCCAGAAGGCGGAGCUUCAGAAGCAGAGCAGCAAACAGGAAGAGGCGGCGUAACGUUCGAACGCCGUCAGACGAAACGCUGAGGCACUUUCCCUCCAGACGAGACGUUUAAGGUCAGCGGGAAAACAGACGCUCGUCCAGGAAACGCUUUCAGCCGCUGGAUUUCACAAUAAAAGCUUUAUUUCCUGUCGGCGGUUCCAGGGCAGCGUAUGAAGAAGUUUUGUUGUGGAAAACUGAGAGCGGAACGUUCAGGGUCACCAAUGCACCAUAGGAAUUUAGAUUUUCAUCGUCUUCUACUGAUUCCUGCAGCAGACAGAAUGUGAGACACAAACAAAUGGAACCGAACAAUCAGAAUCCGACUCUCUGCUUCACUUCGUUUCUGUUUUGUCUUUGAGUUCUCCUGGAAACAAACAGGAAGUACGGAAGCCUGUUGCAGGCAAAAAACAUGAAACACUUUUAGAUUUGACCAAACUGCAGAUCAGUCAAACUGCUGCAGAACCUUUGGAGCCUCGGAUCCAUGAACCACAGGAAAAGGAGGAGCAGAACCAGAACAGAUAGAUUGAGGAACUCUGGAACGAUUUAUCUAAAAUUUAUUCUGGAAUUCUUUUAAAAAAAUAGAUUUUCUGUAAAAUGAGCAGAAAAGUGGCCCAUAGAUCCUCUCUGCUGGAAGAUGUUUCACUCCUUUUUUAUUAGUGUAAAGGUUUGUGUUUGUUGCAUUUAGGUCACGUGAUGGGUGUCUGCAGUUCUCCCCCACUACCACUGGAGGGCGGCAAAGAUGAUCAAAUAUUUGUAAUGAAAGUUCUGAUUCGGUUCUGGUUCAGAAAAACAUCAAAGGUUUUA